UCGGUGUGUGUUUGGGACGGACGUAUCGUGACUUCCUGUUAUUAGACUCUUUGCCAACAGAAAACACGAACGCGUGUUAAUUUCUCUCUAAAUCUCCCUCAAAAUAAUAACUUUUUUAAAAAUCUUUGGUGUGUUGCGUAGUUUUGGUGAGAGUCGAAAGCGGUGAGUAGACAUGCCACAGUCGGACCGCUCGAGCUCUGACGACGGCGGGGGGACCCGGAGUCCUCGGGCCCGGAGACCGCCAACUCGCUCUCGCAGUCGCCACCGAAGCGGCAGCCGCGAGCGGAGCCUGUCUCCGUACAGCUUCGGGCCCAAACUCCCGAAACCGAGAAACCGGGAGAAGGAACACGAAGAACGGGACCGCCGGUUCCGAGAGGCGAGAAACAUCAGGAGGAUCCGCAUAGGAAGCCGGAGCAGGUCUCGGUCCAGGGAGCGUCACAACACCACCAACAACAACACUCACAAUCACUGGUCCGAGCAACGGGACGCUCCUGGGAAACACGGCAGCUUCAAAGAUGAUUAUUACUACGAGCAGGAGAGGGACGACGCUCAGAGACAGAGACAAGAGGCUUUUAUAGCCAGGCGUCUUCAAGAGAGAGAGAGGAUCGGUGAGUUAGGUUGUCCUGAAGUUUGGGGAUAUUCACCAAGAGUGAAAGAGCCAGACUCUGACGAAUUCACACCUGUCGAAGAAGACGAGAAAAACAGCAGUUCAGAAUCGAGCUCAGAUGAAGAAAAGAAAAAGAAAAAGAAGAAGAAGAAAUCCAAGAAAAAGAAGAACAAAAAGCACUCCGAGGACAGUGAGCCGGAGUCAGAUUCAGAUGAGGAAGAAAUAAAGAAGAAGAAAAAGAAAAAGAAGAGCAAGAGCAAGAAGUCCAAGAAGUCCAAGAAGAAGAAGGUGAAGAAGACCCGCAAGGAGUCCAGCAACUCCAGCAGUGAAAAGUCAGAGGGGGAAGAAGGGGGGGAGGGGGAGGAGGAGGAGGAGGAUGAGGAGGAGGAUCCCAACGGAGUGCUGUGGGUGGAGAAAACCUGCAUGGACGAACACGUGGUCGGUCCCGAAGCUCCGCUCACACACACGGAGCUGGACGACAGACCUUUAGAUUUUGGUCACGCGCUGUUGCCAGGUGAAGGUGCUGCGAUGGCGGAGUAUGUGAAAGCAGGCAAACGUAUCCCGAGAAGAGGUGAGAUCGGUCUCACCAGUGACGAGAUCGCAAACUUCGAGAAGUCUGGCUACGUGAUGAGCGGCAGCAGACAUCGUCGUAUGGAGGCUGUGCGUCUGAGAAAGGAAAACCAGAUCUACAGCGCAGAUGAGAAGCGAGCUCUGGCGUCCUUCAACCAGGAGGAGAGGAGGAAGAGAGAGAGCAAGAUCCUGUCGAGCUUCAGGGAGAUGGUCUACCGCAAGACCAAAGGCAAGGAGGAGAAGUGAACACAUCUGUACAGAUUACCCUUUAUACGACAUCUUUGCUUUUUAUCUUGAGGUCUUAUUUUUUUGUGAGGAUAAACGCAUUCAGUUUCAGUUGAAUGUACAGUGUGGAGGGAGAAUUUUAAUUGUAAAGAAAUGUGUGUAGCCGAGACUCUGAGAAGUAUUUUGUAUUUUAUUCUCCAUCCUAUUUACUCACUGGAAUGAGUCUUCCCUUUAAAUUGUUCAACCUUUCUCUUGUAAAUGUUGUGCGACUCAUCCUGAUCAGAACAGUGAAUAAACUUUCAGUAUCAA